AUGCUAGUGACUAGUUACACUGACUCUCACGUUAAUUGUGGGUACACUUUGCCAACCUUCUUUCAGGGUUUCAAGCGUGACCUAGAAGAAUCAGACCUUACAGAAACCCUCACAGAGCACAAAUCGGCCCGAUUGGGAAACGAAAUCGAAAAAUAUUGGAAAGAUGAAGAAACCCGAGCUGCAAAAAAGAACAGGAAACCAUCUCUAGGCAGAGUCCUAGUAAGAUCCUUUGGAUGGGAAUUUAUGUUCUACGGAUUGGUUUUGUUUAUCUCGGAAGUCAUAAGAAUGGCACAGCCAAUAUUUCUAGGCCAACUACUUCAAUUCUACAUGCCCACCGAGCAAAAAAUCACCCAAGAACAAGCCUACUGGUACGCCGCUGGGGUGGUUCUUUGUUCGUUGAGUAACAUCCUAAUCAGCCACCCUUAUAUGAUGGGGGUGCUUCAUUUGGGAAUGAAGCUGAGGGUGGCAUGCUGCUCUCUUAUCUAUAGGAAAUCGCUUAAAUUAAGUAAGACUGCUUUGGGACAGACAACUGUUGGACAGGCGAAAAUGCCUCGCAACAGGGAAAGAAAAACUACUAUCGGACUUCACACCGAACAACAGAUGCAAAACGCUCUAAGACUUAUAUCGGAUGGUCAGAAAAUAAGGGCUGUUGCAAGAACCACUCAUAUCCCAUACACAACUUUAAACAGGUAUUUAAACAAAAUUCGGAAUAACCAUGAUCCUGAUAGGAUAAUUAGGCUUACACCUAAUUACGCAGUUCGCAAGAUAUUCACAGAUGCGCAAGAAAAAAGUAUUGUAGAUUAUGUUAUCAAAUGCAGCCAAAUGUUCUAUGGACUCACAAUUAUGGACGUUCGACGCCUAAUUUACGAAGUAGGAGUGCUGAACAAUAUAAAAGUACCAGAAAAAUGGCACGAAACGAAGCUUGCUGAAGAUUCGUUUGAGGAAGAAGAUGAAUAUGAGACAGUGGAUUGCAAGGAUUUUACUGUUCUGGAAAGUCUACCAAAAGAAGGAAGCUUUGUUAUUGUUGAAUUUGAGGUAAAAGGGAAAAAAAUUUAUUAUGCAGCUAAAGUUAUAGGAGAAAAGGAACAUGAAGCCGAGGUUAGUUUUCUCAGAAAAUCUGCCAAAACACUAAAUACUUUUUUUAUGCCAAACGUGCUAGAUAUUGCGAUGGUUGCACUGAAAGAUAUAAAGAUGAUUUUACCGCAACCCAAGCUUUCUGGAAAUACAAAAAGAAAACAAGGCAUGUACCAUUUCAAUCUCGACUUUUCUAAUAUCAAUUUACGUUAA